UAUUGAGCUAAGCUGCGGUAACCAGGAAAGGUUGUGCCAAGGAAAUAAAGUAGCUUGCUAACUACGCAGCUCUCAAGAACAUCUACAGUAAAUGGACACAAUGGCGAGCCCGGUGAAGGAUAAUUAUCGAAUGAAGAGUUACAAAAACAAAGCCCUGAACCCUCAGGAAAUGCGCCGACGCAGGGAGGAGGAGGGGAUCCAGCUGCGGAAGCAGAAGAGAGAGGAGCAGCUGUUCAAGAGAAGGAAUGUGUCCCUCCCUGUGGGUGACGAGUCCAUGUUGGAGUGCCCUAUCCAGGAUCCCGACGUCAGCUCCACUGUACCUCUCUCAGGUGAGGGCAUCAUAACUCCAGACAUGAUCCAGAUGAUCUUUUCUGACGACCCAGACCAGCAGCUCAUAGCGACACAGAAAUUCCGGAAACUGCUAUCCAAAGAGCCCAACCCCCCCAUCGAUGAGGUCAUCCUUACACCUGGGGUUGUGAACAAGUUUGUAGAAUUCCUCAAGAGAAGUGAAAACUGCACUCUGCAGUUUGAAGCAGCCUGGGCCCUGACGAACAUUGCCUCCGGGACCUUUCUGCACACCAAAGUGGUCAUCGAGACGGGGGCUGUGCCCAUCUUCAUUGAGCUCCUCAAUUCUGAUUACGAGGAUGUCCAGGAGCAGGCGGUGUGGGCGCUGGGCAAUAUCGCCGGGGACAACGCAGAGUGCAGAGACUACGUGCUGAACUGUGGCAUCCUGCCCUCUCUCCAACAGCUGCUCACCAAAUCCAAUCGACUCACAACUACAAGGAACGCAGUGUGGGCCCUGUCCAACCUCUGCAGGGGCAAGAACCCUCCUCCCGAUUUUAGUAAGGUGUCCCCCUGUUUGAGCGUGCUGUCUCGGCUGCUCUUCAGCAGCGACCCGGACGUGCUGGCGGAUGCCUGCUGGGCGCUCUCCUAUCUGUCCGACGGGCCCAACGACAAGAUCCAGACGGUGAUCGACUCGGGAGUGUGUCGCAGGCUGGUGGAGCUGCUCAUGCAUAGUGAUUACAAGGUGGUGUCUCCUGCGCUGCGAGCUGUGGGCAACAUUGUGACAGGAGAUGACAUCCAGACUCAGGUGAUUCUGAACUGUUCAGCACUGCCCUGUUUGCUCCACCUGCUCAGCAGCCCUAAAGAGUCCAUCAAAAAGGAAGCAUGCUGGACUGUCUCCAACAUCACUGCUGGAAACCGUGCACAGAUCCAGACGGUGAUUGAUGCCAACAUCUUCCCUGUUUUGAUUGAGAUUCUCCAAAAAGCAGAAUUCCGUACUAGGAAGGAAGCGGCCUGGGCAAUUACAAAUGCCACCUCUGGGGGCACUCCUGAGCAGAUCAGGUACCUGGUGUCGCUGAACGCUAUCAAGCCCAUGUGCGACCUGCUGACGGUGAUGGACUCCAAGAUCGUGCAGGUGUCUCUGAAUGGACUGGAGAACAUCCUGCGCCUGGGCGAGCAGGAGGCCAAGCAGAACGGCACGGGCAUCAACCCCUACUGCGCCCUCAUCGAGGAGGCCUACGGUCUGGACAAAAUCGAAUUCCUGCAGAGCCAUGAGAACCAGGAAAUCUACCAGAAGGCGUUUGACCUGAUAGAGCACUACUUCGGUGUGGAGGAGGAGGAUGCCAGCAUUGCACCCCAGGUGGACCAGAACCAGGGGCAGUUCAUCUUCCAGCAGUCUGAGGGGCCAAUGGAAGGCUUUCAGCUCUAAUCCUCCCUAAAUCCCCACCCCUCCACCCCUGCCGGUACAGCACGCCAGCUCUGACCCUCAUCCCCCCUGCCUCCACCUGCCCUGAGGCACCAGUGACUCCGCUUCGCAGCCCAGGACACCUGGGGUCCCCCAGUCACCUGGAGGAAAAGAGAGAGACACUCCAAGGGUGGCCCCGGCAUCAUUUCUGUCUCCCCAGCCCACUCAUCUCCCAGAAUGCACUGUGUGAGCCUGGACACUGCAGCGAGAGAGAGCGCUUUUCUCCCCCUCUCCCCCACCCCACCCCUUAAAUUUUUAAAAGUACACUGGUAUGGCAGUAUCUCCCUCCACAUUGACUACCUCUUCCGUCAGUCAAACAGCAGAGCUACCAUGGAAAACUAACGCACGCAAAUGUCUGAUGGUGUGAGUGGGCCCUCUGACACAGAAUGUAUGUAUGAGUGUGUGUCUAUGUAUGUAUGUAUGCAAGUCAGGCAAUGUAAAACUUAUACAUUACUUUUACAUUAGAAUGUACAUUGUCAUCUGACGUUAUGUGAAAAAUAAACUCUGGGCUCCAGUGACCAGCAGGGACAGGUGGUCUGCGCCAUGUCUCAUGUAUUCUCUAGAUCUAAGAAAGGUUGGUACAACCUUGUAUUAUCCUUGACUAUAUUUAUAAUCCCAUCAGAUUAUAUUUGUAACCUUUGCAGACAUGCAGUAAGUGAGAUUUGUCAGCAUUGGCUCUUAAACUUGAACAGUUGCACUUGAGAUGUAGAAUGGAAAUAUGCAGCUUGUGUGUAGCACUUCCUCCAUGUGUGACUCCUCUAUCCACCUUAUUUAUUCUGCUGAGGGGGUGCUAGGGCCUGCAGGUGAUCCUGUAAUCCUACAGUUUGGAUGGAAACCAGGAUGCUGUUUUAGGGGGAAAGAGGGUUUUGUCAAUGUGGUUUGGGAUGGGGGUGAAGACAGUCGCUGUGAUGUGUCUUUGUGUCUGUAUGUGUGUGUUUGUGUGUGUCUGUGGGGGUCGGGGGGGCUGUCAC